CGGAAGGCACACAGAGUGACACAGGUAUCCGAAGAAUCCAAGCAUGAGAGAGCGGCCGGUGCAGCACGAAGUGGGAAGGUGCUGUAUGGUUAUCUGCAUCAACUGGCGGGAGGUUACACUGCUGAGCACGGUUGAAGCCAAGUGGGUGAUUGGACUAAGUGUGAGUUGCGGGAUUGUAGCUGGCUUCACCAUCGGUCGCAUGACUGGACGGGGACGUGGUAGUAAAGCAGGAGGUCACCGCGGACGGUGGUCCAACGACGGCCGUUAUUGGAUGGAGAACACCGGUAGUACGAGCGGGGGACAGACGAACCCUGCCACGUAUAAUGUGCCAGGUCCAGUCUAUCCUCCUGGUGUUAAUCAACACCAGUUUGGGCCACCGUAUCAGCAGUCGAUCGCAGUGCAGGUUGCCGCUCCAGUACUACCUGCAAUGACCACUACGCCUGCUGCGCCUGUACAGUAUCCGAUGGUACAACAUGGUCCAUUUUCGCAACCAUUGGGCAUUCAGUCAUGGCAGAUGCCAGGGCAAUGGCCAAUCAAUGGGCAGUGGGGGGCUCCGCCUCCCAUCAGUAUGCCGCCCCCUGCGAACCUUCCUCCUGUCAACCAAACGGCAUCACACCAGGCCGUACCGAGUGGGCCGACCAAUGCUCAGAACGCUGCUCGUAAAGGCCCGGCGGCGAAUGAAUUUCCGGGUCCCGGAAACAGAGCUUACUUCACGAAAGAAUACAUGGAUAUUCUUGAAGGCAUUAAGAUGAACAAGGCAAUUGAGGAGGCGAAGAAGCGGUUGUCCGAGAAUCGAAGGACCAGUAUACGCAUUGGUGACGUGCAAGAUGAAGGGAGUCGUUCGGAUGUGCGAUCCGUUGAAGGAACGAAGUCAUCUGACAAGACAAAUGAGCUGAAAGCUUGGGUCACCACCACCUUCGAAAGUUCUCUCAAACUCAUAACGGAGAAGCUUCAGGAAGUUGAUCAGAAGGUGAAAGUGACUACUGCUGAUAAAGCUGAAUUGGCAAGGCUGCGAGUGGAGAAAGCCGUGCUCGAGAAAGCCGCGCUCGAGAAAGACGCCGCUGAGAAGGAUGUCGCGGAAAGUGAGGGGCAUGAACUGUCUAGCAGCGAGAAGCGCAAACGGGUGGGUGAACGGACGCCGGUUGGUAACUCACCUCGGAUCAAUCGAGUUAGAUCACGUGGGAGUAAGACGAAGUCACGGACGAAACGUAUUGAUAUAUCGUCCGAAGACGAAGGAGACAAGGCUGGUUCUGUAAAGCAGAAUCUCCAACCAAAGAUGGAGACAAGCAGCGAACUGGGAGAUAUCAAGUCCAUGCUGGCUGCGCUGUUGCAAGGGCUGGCGGAUGCAAAAGGCAAAGCUCCCAUCAGUGAGCACAUACCAGCAUCAGCACCAGAAGACGAAGUGUUGGAAGAGGAGGAAGAUGUGGAUAUCGUCCAGAAUGCAACUCUAAAAGACGACGAAGAAGAGAGUGAUGAGGGCGGCCUUGCGGCUUAUAUGAAGAUGAGGCAGGAAUUUUAUAGCUCCUUGCAUUACACGCGCGUCCAAGAGUUGUGCAAGCAGAAGAAUAUCCCAUACUUCAAGAAAGAUCUGGGAGCAUGGGAACUGGCGAGGAGUGACCUCCAAGAAUACACGGACAUGUUAAAAGGGGAGAAGCCAGCGAACGCUCCGGAACCUUCGUCACGCAAGACUGAAGCACGGUCGACUGAGGGAGCUGAGAAGCCCUCCACGUCUGAGAAUCCCGUCAAGGGAAACUGAUCGGAGGAAUCCGAUCGAAAAGACGAGCGUGCAACCGUAUAGC